CCGAAACUGAACGCACGACAAACAGCGCCACCUAUCAAACUUUCACAUGUUUUGCAUCACUUAGCCUUCGAUGUAGAAAUAUAACGUUAAAUAUAUUUCGUUAUUAAAAUGUGACUUUAAAGUUGUUUAUUAUCACUCCAAAUCGUGGUUGGAACUGGAUUAUAUGCUUGGAAAUUUCGCCAUCGUGGCAUAGUGGUUAAGCAUCUGGAAUUGUAAAUUAUAUGAUCAGAAAGCAUCCACAAUGUCAAGCACUGGUGUUUGCACCCACUGUGGUUGUACAGAAAUUGACAAGGACCCAGCUAGAGGAGAUGCUGUCUGUACAAACUGUGGGUCUGUGUUGGAGGACCAGAUCAUUGUGUCAGAGAUUCAGUUUGAAGAACACGCAACUGGGGCAUCCUCAGUCAUCGGGCAGUUUGUUUCCACUGAUGGUUCAAAGUCCCACUCUUUAGGAAUCAGUUUUCCUCAUGGAAUGAAAAAAGAAUCAAGGACAGUGACAUUUGACAAUGGUAGGAAAAGAAUCCAGCAGUUGGGAGUCCAGUUAAAAUUGAACCAGCACUGUAUUGACACAGCUUUCAACUUUUUCAAGAUGGCUGUCAACAGAAGAAUGACACAGGGCAGAAAGACAACCCACGUUAUAGCAGCCUGCCUGUACAUCGUGUGUCGGACAGAGGGUACACCCCAUAUGCUGCUAGAUUUCAGCGACCAGCUCCAGAUCAAUGUAUACAGUCUGGGAAAAACCUAUCUCCAGCUGUCCAGGGCUCUCUGUAUCAACAUCCCUGCCAUAGACCCCUGUCUUUACAUUCCAAGAUUUGCUCACAAGUUAGAGUUUGGGGAGAAGACUCAUGAGGUUUCUAUGACAGCACUUCGUCUUGUAUCUCGAAUGAAGCGGGACUGGAUGCAUACAGGUCGCCGUCCGUCUGGGCUUUGUGGAGCAGCUUUGCUGGUAGCAGCUAGAAUGCAUGAUUUUUCCAGAAGUGUUAAAGAUCUCAUAAAAAUUGUCAAAGUGUGUGACAGUACCAUAAGAAAAAGAUUGACAGAGUUCAAGAAUACUCCAUCCAGUCAGUUGACAAUAGAGGAGUUUCAGACCAUAGACUUAGAAGAGGAGCAGGAUCCACCAUCAUUUACAGAGGGAAAGGCCAAGGCACUGAAAGCCAAACAAUUACAGAUUGAACAAACCAUGUUUCCCCAAAUUGAAUCAGAAAUGUCAGAUCUACAGAAAGAAAUAGAGAAGGGCUUGGUACCCGCAAAGCCUCGUGGAAUAUGGGCUUCUUAUGCAAAUGCCUCAAACUCACCAAACAUUAGUGCAGAAAAUUCUCGAGCCAACUCUCCUGAUUUAUCAGAGAGUGGAAUAAAAAAUGCCAGCAAUUUCUUGGAGGAUGAGACGUUAAAAACAUGCCUUAAUGAAGUUGAUCUUGAGAAGGAAAAGUUGGAAAAUGAACAGGAAGAGUUAAAGACUGAAAGGAAACCCCUGCAAGAAACCAUUGGAAUGAUCGAUGUUGUCAAGAAGUGUGUAAAUGAAGACGAGGGGGAAUCUGAAAAAGCAGAGGAUGGUGAGCUGGACUUGACAGGGAUCGAUGAUGAUGAAUUAGAGAAGCAAUUUGUGCUGACAGAGGAAGAGAUAGAACUAAAAACUAAUUUGUGGAUGGCAGAAAAUAAGGAUUAUUUAAUAGCUUUGAAAGAGAAAGAGGAAAGGCUUGCCAAGGAAAGAGAAGAAGAGGCUAAGAACCCAGAAAAGAAAAAGCCUAAAAGAACUCGGAAAAAGCGAGUGCCCAUACAGGCAGCCUCAGCAGAGGAAGCUAUUUAUAAAGUCAUUCAUGAAAGAAAGAUAUCCAACAAGAUCAACUAUGACGUCCUAAAUGAUCUGAAGUGCCAGUCGGGCUUGCAGCCAGCCACUCCUGUGGAUUCCCAGCCACCCCCUACACCCAUACAAACAGAAGAUUUGUCCGAAGCUAGCAGGAUGGUGGAAAGUAAUGGAAGUCACAUAGCAAGGGAUAUAAAGGAACCAGAUAGAAAGAAGAUAAAGCUGGAGAAGAUGGACUUUAGGGAUUCAAAAACAGAAUCGAUUGGAGGCGACACUUCUGCUGUGGUGGUGGAGAACGGACCUGUCCAAUACAUCGAGAAUCUCAAAGAAGAAGAAGCUGAUCUGGAAGAGGAGGAGGAACUGGAUGAUGAAGAUGAACCAGUCAGUGCAGCUAAACUUCUGGGUCAUCAUCACCAAGUUCAAGACUAUGAAGAUCAUGAUCUAUAUGAUGACGACUGAUGGACAGGAGUAAAUAGAUCUCUACAAAAUGAAAUCCUCAGCUACUCAGGUCUUUUUAAAAAUGGAUUUAGGCCAGUGACUUUUUCAAUCCAUUUGAUGUGUUCACAAUUUGUACAUAGCUGUACAAGGUAGUUCAUGAAACUGCUUGUUCAGUCGGUGGAAGGAUCACUACUGGUUCCCACAAAAAUGCGCCAGAAUUAUUCAGUGCAUUGAAUUUCAACGUUUCAGAAAGGAACACCACUUGUCUAGCAAGAGGAUCACACUUGCUUACAAAAAUGGGCAAGCUUGUUCAAUGGGAGGACUGCAAUGUUUAUGGUGUAUAUUGAAUAAGACCAUGAACAGGGAGCCCUGGUUCUGUGGUUGUGGAUUACUUCUAUUUCACAAACUAAACCCAUUUGUUCAUGGGAAGGAUAAUUAGAAUUAUAUGAGACAGAUGGACUAAGACAUUUUUUGUAGUUUUAAGAGUGAUGGUAGUGAUAGGUGUGUAUAAAUAUAGAGAUGUAGGGACUUUAUGUUGUCGGAUUGCAUUUAUGACUAGUCAAGAAAUCGUUUAUGAUUAAAAAUUCAAAAGAGUAUGUAAAUAUAUGUUAUGGUGAGGUGAUGACAGUAAAUUAUUUUUUUUAUAAAUACAUGUAUUUCAAUAAGUAUAGUUCAAAUUGCAGUCAUCAAAAGAAAAUUUCCAAAGAAAUUGAAAAUGUCCAAUAAUUUCAAUUAAUGUGGAGUUUAAGAUUAAAGUUGUUAGCAUAUUGGCAAUACUAUAUGUAUAUCCAUAUAAUUGAUCCCUCUUCAGUGUUUAGUUUAUCAGGUAGGCCUAUACAUGAACAAUUUGGCAGACCUGUAAGGAUGAUCAUGAAUUGAAUGAUGAAAAUAAAUUAAUUUAUUUUUGAUCACAUAUUGUAUAUUUAACUUAUUUUAAUUGAACUGAAAAGAAUACUCUGUUUUAAUCAACAAGUGUUUUGUAUACCAUUAUUUGAAGUUUUAAUAAAACUUUUUAACAAAAUAAAAUUUGUUUUCGGAAAUUGU